AUGGCUCUGCAGAGGCUUCAGUGCAGUUUGCAGCCCUGGUGCCCUGUGGAUCUCAGUCUGGCAUGGGUAGACACAGUAUGGGAAUUGGACUUCACAGAGACAGAACCUUUGGAUUCCAGCAUAGAGGCCGAGAUCUUAGAGAAUGGAUUGGAUGCAUUUACGAAGCUUUAUGAGAGUCUUUUCCCUUUUGCUGCUGAGGAACAUGGAUUUACAGAGAAUCUUUGGACCUUCUUCACUGAGAACAAUAUUUCUCAUAGUGCACUGGUGGCAUUGUUUUAUCACUUUGUUCAAAUAGUACAUAAGAAAAACAUCGGUGUGCAGUUUCGAGAAUAUGGCCUUCAUGCUGCUGGGCUUUAUUUUCUGCUACUAGAAGUACCAGGUAGUGUAGCCAAUCAAGUGUUUCAUCCAGUCAUGUUUGACAAAUGUAUUCAAAUUCUUAAGAAGAGCUGGCCGCAGGAAUCUAACUUGAAUCGGAAAAGAAAGAAAGAACAGCCUAAGAACUCGCAGGGUAAUCCAAGAGGGAAUAGAAAAAGAGGAAAGCCAUUCAGAAGAGAAGAUAUUGAGAUGGAUAUAAUUUUACAAGAACAAGAGGAUGAAGAAAAUAUUUGUUUUUCUGCCCGGGACCUUUCUCAUAUUCGAAAUGCCAUCUUCCACCUUAUGAAGAACUUUUUAAGACUUCUGCCCAAAUUUUCCUUGAAGGAAAAGCCACAAUGUGUGCAGAAUUGUAUAGAGAUCUUUGUUGCAUUAACUAAUUUUGAGCAAGUUCUUGAUGAACUUCAUGUUUCACAAGCCAGAAACCUUAAUGAAGCGAAAUAUUUGCCCGAACUGGCCUAUCAUGGACUGUAUCUGCUGUGCUCCCCAGUCCAUGGAGAAGGUGAUAAGGUUGUCAGUUGUGUUUUCCAUCAAAUGCUGAAUGUAAUAUUAAUGUUAGAAGCUGGAGAAGGAGCUCAUCGCACCAGCCUUACAAUUACUUCACAAGUCAUUAAUAGUAGAAACCAAGCAAUCCAGUUUAUCAGCUUGCUUGUGGAUGAACUAAAAGAAAGCGUAUUCCCAGUUCUUCGUAUCUUACUCCAGCAUAUUUGUGCCAAGGUGAUAGAUAAGUCAGAGUACCGGACGUACGCAGCCCAGUCGCUGGUUCAGUUGCUUUGUAAACUUCCUUCUGUGGAAUAUGCUACAUUCAUUGCCUGGCUUUACAGAUACUCACGAAGUUCCAAGAUCCCACACAGGGUUUUCACCCUUGAUGUUACUUUAGCUCUAUUAGAACUGCCGGAAAGAGUGGUAGAUAACUCUCUCUCAUUGGAGCAACAGAAGUUUUUAACGCAGAAGUUCUUGGUACAGGAAAUUAUGUUUGACCGUUGUUUAGACAAGGCCCCUACUGUCCGCAGCAAAGCAUUGUCCAGUUUUGCACAUUGUCUGGAAUUAUCUGUUAACAACACAUCGGAGAGUGUUCUGGAACUUCUCAUUAACAGUCGUUUAGUGUCAGAAAUAGAGAGCCACCCUGGAAGCUUACUGAAAAAUUCAUCAGGUUUUUCCUUUGAGAAGCAGACAUUUAACCGUUUGGGAUCUUCAGAGGUGACCAGGUCAGACAAAAAUACUGAAACAGUUGAAGCAGGAGCACAAAGAUGUGUCAUGGCAAUGCUGAGGAAGAGAAUCAAGGAUGAGAAGACCAAUGUUAGGAAAUCUGCACUCCAGGUACUAGUGAGCAUUUUAAAGCACUGUGAAGUAUCGGGCAUGCAGGAAGACUUGUCAAUUCUGCAGGAUCAGUGUCGGGACCCUGCAGUGUCUGUCCGGAAGCAGGCCCUACAAUCCCUUACUGAACUUCUUAUGGCCCAACCUAGAUGUGUCCAGAUACAAAAAGCUUGGCUGACAGGAAUCAUCCCUGUUGUGAUGGACUGUGAGAGCACAGUGCAAGAGAAGGCCCUGGAAUGCCUCGACCAGCUCCUGCUGCAGAACAUUAAGCAUUAUAAUAAAUUUCAUAGUGGAGAUGACGGCCAGGUGCUAGCUUGGUCACUUCUUCCUCUCCUUACUACAGAAAGCCAGGAACUGAGCCGUUAUUUAAAUAAGGCUUUUCAUAUCUGGUCCAAGAAAGAUAAAUUCUCAUCUACUUUUAUAAAUAAUUUGAUAUCGCAUACUGGCACAGAACAUUCUGCACCAGCCUGGAUGCUGCUCUCCAAGGUUGCUUGCUCAUCACCAAAGCUGAAUUACACCAAAAUAAUCGAGUCCUGGGAGAAAAUCAGCAGUCAAAAGAAUCCCAAUUCCAACACCUUGGGGCAUAUUCUGUGUGUCAUCGGGCAUAUUGCAAAGCAUCUUCCUAAGAGCACCCGGGACAAAGUGAUUGAUGUUAUCAAGUGUAAGCUGAAUGGAUUUCAGUGGUCUUUAGAAGUGAUCAGUUCAGCUGUUGAUACUUUGCAAGGACUCUGUAGAGCAUGUGCAGAGACCACUGUAGAGGAACAGGAAUUACUGAAGCAGGUGUGUGUGGAAGUUCUCUCUACCUGUGAACACUGCCUCUCCAACAUAAUCCUUAAGGAAGAUGGAGCAGGAAAUGUGAAUGAUGACUUAUUGGUGAAAUGCAUUUUUACCUUAGGAGAUAUAGCCCAAUUGUGUCCAGCCAAAGUGGAAAAGCGAAUAUUCCUUCUGAUUCAGUCCAUUCUAGCUGCUUCUGCUGAUGUGGAUCACUUAGCAUCAUCUGAAGGUGAAAAUGAUGGCCCCAUCUUGCAGCCACUUUCCCAGUUCAGAGGCUCUAAGAUGCCUUCCGUGAUUAGAGCACAUGCAAUCAUUACCUUAGGUAAGUUGUGCUUACAGCAUGACGAGCUGGCAAAGAGGAGCAUCCCAACUCUGGUGCGUGAGCUCGAGGUGUGUAAUGACGUGGCUGUCCGCAACAAUGUCAUCAUUGUCAUGUGUGAUCUCUGCAUCCGGUAUACUGUUAUGGUGGAUAGAUAUAUCCCCAAUAUCUCCAUGUGUCUGAAGGACUCAGAUCCAUUCAUCAGAAAGCAAACGCUCAUCUUGCUCACCAAUCUCUUGCAGGAGGAAUUUGUGAAAUGGAAGGGCUCUCUGUUCUUCCGAUUUGUCAGCACUCUGAUAGAUUCACACCCAGACAUUGCCAGUUUUGGGGAAUUUUGCCUGGUUCACCUGUUACUGAAGAGAAAUCCUGUCAUGUUCUUCCAGCACUUCAUUGAGUGUAUUUUUCACUUCAAUAAUUAUGAGAAGCAUGAGAAGUAUAACAAAUUCCCUCAGUCAGAAAGAGAGAAGCGACUGUUCUCACUGAAGGGAAAGACAAACAAAGAGAAACGAAUGAAAAUCUACAAGUUUCUUCUAGAACACUUUACAGAUGAACAGCGGUUCAAUAUCACUUCUAAAAUCUGCCUUAAUAUUUUGGCAUGCUUCGUGGAUGGCAUCCUUCCCCUGGAUAUGGAAGCCAAUGAGUUACUCUCAGAUACCUUUGAAGUCCUCAGCUCAAAGGAGAUCAAACUUUUGGCAAUGAGGUCUAAACCAGAUAAAGACUUUCUGAUAGAAGACGAUGACAUGGCUUUGGCCAAUGUAGUUAUGCAAGAAGCACAGAAAAAACUCAUCUCACAAGUUCAGAAGAGAAAUUUCAUAGAAAAUAUUAUUCCAAUUAUCAUCUCCUUGAAGACUAUGCUGGAGAAAAGUAAGAUCCCAGCUUUACGGGAACUCAUGGCCUAUCUCAGGGAGGUGAUGCAGGAUUACCGAGAUGAAAUCAAGGACUUCUUUGCAGUUGACAAACAGCUGGCAUCAGAGCUUGAAUAUGACAUGAAAAAGUACAAUGAACAGCUAGCUCAGGAGCAAGAGCUGGCAAAUCAGCUAGAUGUGAACAGGACUGCUGAAGAAGGGGCCAGCGUGGUACCAGCAGGGCAGGUUACUCCGACUUUAGAAAAUAUGCCAACUCCUGUUGGCCAAGAAAAUGCAGCUGUGACUCCUGCAACACCAAGAUCAAGCCCUGGCAGAGGAUCUACACCGCCUUCACCUGACACUGGACCAUUUAAGAUGUUAAUACCCAAAGCCAGACCUAUGUCCCUGAGCACCAUUGCUAUCCUGAACUCUGUCAAGAAAGCUGUGGAGUCAAAUAAUAGGCAUAGGAGUCGAAGCAUAGGAGUGCUGCCUUUCAGUUUGAAUUCUAGAAGUUCAGGCAAGAGCCACAAUCAAGGCUCGUCUUACAGCUUGAACCAAGAGUCUCGUGGUUCUGUGGAUCCUGUGACUAAAAGAGCAAUCAGCACCCCUGACCGAACCAUCAGUGAGAUCUCAUUUGGAGCAGGGGUUAGUUACAUCAGCAUAUCACGGACUCCUUUUACACACAAAGAUAAAAGUGAAGUCCAGAGUCAAGGAACUGAUAUACUGUGUUUAUCACUGCCGGAUAAAUCGCCUCCACAGCCUCAGCAGUGGAAUGUGAAAUCUCCAACCAGAAAUAAAGACAGCCCAGCCCCCAGUAGGAAGUCCCUCCGAAAGACCCCCCUGAAAACAGCCAACUAA